CCCAAGAACUCUCUUAACACCCAUUUCACCCAAUGGGCAAUUUCACCUUCAGUGAAGGAGGCAACUGGUCUCCUGAAGGUCUUGCUCUCAUCUUCCUCAUUGUAUAUGUACUCAUUGGCCGUAUUGCUAAAUACUAUGCAUUCGAGUCCAAUGCACAUAUCUUUCGGACACGGCCCGUGGUUCAGGUCGUGGUCAUGGGCGACAUUGGAAGGUCCCCUCGAAUGCAGUAUCAUGCCUUAUCGCUAGUCGAUGCAGGCUGUCAAGUGGACUUUAUAGGAUACAACGAAACAUCUCCAAUUGCACGCGUGCUCACUAAUAGAAUGAUCAAAAUCCGGCCUUUGAGACAGGCAUGGUCGGUACCUGAAGGAAAGCCCAAGAUCUUGUAUUUGUUAUGGGCACCGUUUAAAGCCUUGUUCGUCGCACUUCAACUGCUAUGGAUCAUGGGCGGAGUCACUCAAUACCCCGAUUUCAUCUUUAUGCAAAACCCACCCUCCAUCCCAACACUUGCUAUUGCACAAUUCAAAGUCGUUCAAUUUGCUAAAUGGUACGAGCAAAAGUUUGGCCACAAAGCCUAUGCUCACCUCACUGUCACCGACAAAAUGAAGGCUGAGCUGACGAGCUGGGGCGUAAAAGGCAAGCUCAUCACGUUCAGAGAUCGGCCACCGACCCACUUUUCAAGAUUGACAAUAGAACGCCAACAUGAGCUGCUGACAAGACUCAAGCUGGAAGAUGUCAUCAGGUCUCAAUCCUUAAACGCAGACGAAUUCAUUGGAACCAUGCCCGCCCAGUCCACUUUGAUAACGCAAAAGGAAGACGGAACUGUAAGAUACAGAGAGGAUAGAAUUCAAUUGAUUGUAUCCUCCACGUCCUGGACAGAAGAUGAAGACUUCCAGAUUUUACUGGACGCCAUUUUGCAAUAUGAAACGAACGCUCUUGACCAGCCCACUUCUCUUUAUCCAAGAUUAUUGUUCGUCAUCACUGGAAAGGGACCAUUGAAAUCCUACUAUGAAGAAAAAAUCUCUAAGCUGUCACUGAAACGAACCCGCAUCAUCACGGCUUGGUUGGAGGCUGUCGAUUACCCUCUCUUCUUAGGAACAGCGGAUCUAGGAGUGUCUCUUCAUAAAAGUACCAGUGGAAUGGACCUGCCUAUGAAAGUGGUUGAUAUGUACGGAUCUGGAUUACCAGUUUGUGCUGUAUCAUUUGAUUGCUUGGACGAACUUGUUCAUCAUGGAGUGAAUGGCAUGGUGUUCAAGAAUAGUAGCGAGCUUGCUGAUGAAUUCGAGGAACUCUUUGUCAAGAAUAGCAGCAAGUUGCAAGAGCUUGCAAAAAACGUUCAAGACGAGUAUCGCAAUCAAAGCUGGGAGAAUCAAUGGAAAGAACAUCUACCACAGUUGUUUGUGGAUUGACAUGGAUUAUUUUUUAAACUGUAAUAAAGCCCUCAACCGUAUUUAAUUGGGAUCGCGUCCACAAAAGUAGG